AUGUCGGUCCUACACCCCAACGUGGGCGAGGCGAUGCUGAGCGAGACGGACCUGUGGGGCAUGCCGCUCGCUGUCCAAUCCGUCAUCAAGUCCACCGUUGUCUCCAACAAACCGACAACGACUUUCGCGCAGUCGAACAAUCUGACGUUCCAUGUCCCCGGAACGAGCGAUUGUACGGAUACAAACUUCAUGCUACACCUCUCGGGAGAAGUGGUCAAAGCGGACGGAACAAAAAUCAAGGAGGGAGAGAGCGAUGUCGCUCUCGUGAACAACUCGUUGCAUUCUCUUCUUAUGCAAAUCGACGUCCUGGCGGGUGACACGGUCGUCAGCCAGUCCUCCCUGACUUACCCAUAUAAGGCCUACAUGGAAGAUGUGCUCGCAUAUGACACCAAUGCCAAGUUGUCUCACAUGACCAUGCGCGGGUGGGCCAAGGACACGGCCGGCCACAUGGACGACUACGACGGCGACAACAACCAAGGACUCGUCAAGAGAAGGAAGAUAGUCAAAAACAGCCGUGUCUUUGAAUUUUUUGGUCCUCUACACUGCGAUUUCCUCUCUAACCAGGGCAAACUUCUCCUGCCCCACCUUGACGUGACCAUCAAACUCACCAGAACCGCGGACUCGUUUGCUCUCAUGUCCACAACUCAAAACGAGAAAAUUGUCAUUCGCGAUGCGACCCUUUUCGUCCGCAAGGUGACCUUGUCUCCCAGCAUGAACAUUGCGCACGCUGAAGCCCUAGAGCACGCCCCGGCACGCUACCCCUUCACUCGAACGUCCGUCAAGUCCAUUACCAUUCCGAGUGGUUUCCGGGACAAAACCAUCCCCAACGUCCAUCUCGGACAAGUUCCGAAACGUAUCGUUGUCGGCUUUGUCUCAAACGUCGCCUACAACGGCAGUUAUCAUCAUAACCCGUUCAACUUCCAACACUUCAACAUCAACUACCUGUGCCUCUACGUCGACUCAGAUCAGAUCCCCGCCGUGCCCCUGACUCCCGACUUCACCAACGGAAACUACGCACGCUCGUUCUACUCUCUGUUUGAGGGAACAGGGAUCAAGUGGAAGGACGAGGGAAAUGAUAUAAGUUACGACGAGUACGGCAACGGCUACACACUCUUUGCGUUCGAUCUGACACCCGAUCAGUCCGCCCACGAACAGCACUGGAACGUGCAGCGACAAGGCGUCGUGAGGCUCGACGUGCGAUUUAAAGUCGAGCUCCCUGUCGCAGUCAACUGCAUCGUGUACUCAGAGUUUGAUAAUCUCAUCGAAAUCGACAAAAAUAGGAAAGUUAUUGUUGAUUAUAGUGUGUGA